UGAUAUUCAUUUUCUAGCCCAGUCUCAAAUCAAUACAAUGAAGUACACUGUGUUAUUUGCUGCCUGGGUUCUUACCCUUUUCAAGGGUAACAUGGAAAUUGCUGCCACUGAGUUUAGCAGAAACUAUUUUGACACUUAUUAUGGAUAUGAUGGGUCUAUUGUCCACAGAGGCGUGAGAUCAUUGACUUACAAUCAUAAACGGUAUGAGAGAGAUGUCUUCUCAUCUUACAGCAGGGAUGGCAGCAAGAAGAUCUGCAACACAUGGGGAAGUGGAGGAUUCCGGACAUUUGAAGACAAAUUUUACUAUUUGUCAUCAGAAUGCAAAUUUGUAAUGAGUCGCCAGUGCAAAGACAGUUCAGAAGAUUUUAAUGUACAAAUCCGCCGUGGAUCAAAUGGCAUCCUGGAACACAUUUUCAUGAAAAUUGAAGGAGUCACAAUUAUUGUGGAUGAAGGGAUAAUUUCUGUUAAAGACCAAGAGAUAACUCUGCCGUAUGAUGACAAAAUGAUCAAUAUUCGUAGAUACGGAACUCGCAUUAGAUUUUUAAGUCGGAAAGGUUUGAUAUCUGUGAUUUGGAACCAGAAAGAUGCAUUGUCGGUACAAGUUGAUGCUGAACAGAAAGUAUGUGGUCUCUGUGGGAAUUUUUCAAAAGAACCACCAGAUGUGAAAUCUCUCCGAGAACACAAGAUGGACGGUUCAGGCUGCUCUACUAAAUUAAAUCCUAGUAACUGCGAAAAUGCCAAUGCCUGUAGUAAAGCCUUUUCAGAAUAUUUUUAUUCAUGUUCACAAAAAUAUGAAGAAAUAUGCAAGAAGGAUAUUUGUAGAAAGGACAUCAGCUGUACCACUUUUGAAGAAAUUGAAUACCGAUGUACUGAGGAUAUCGAGUCCGGAUGGAGGAAAGAUUUAGAUUGCGCCGAAUAUAUUUGUCCUGGAAAUCAAAUCUACAACAAAGCAGGUUCUUCUUGUGUUCAAACCUGUACUGAUCCGAAUCCUCUACUACAUUGUGAUAACGGUGUAAUUACCUGUGAUUGUCCAAAAGGCACUGUUCUUAAUAACAUAAAAAACAACAACCAAUGCAUUGACAUAGAACAAUGUCCUUGUGUAUUUGGUGGAGUGAUUUUUGAACCUGGGGAAACGAGGAAUACUUCCUGUCAAUCAUGCACUUGCAAAAGUGGAAAUUGGAACUGCUUUGCUUUCAAUUGCCCUGGAAGGUGCAAAUUUGAAGAAGGAACAUACAUUACAACAUUUGAUCAGAAAUGUUACAACUUGAGAGGAGAUUGUUCGUAUAUUGCUGCAUCUGCAAAUGACUGGAGAGUAAUCAUCAAGAUGCAGUUGUGUGAAAAUGCAAUGCAAGAGACAUGUUUGGAUACUGUUGAAUUUAUUAAAAAUAAGACCAGAUAUGAAUUUACCAAUGCCGGUUCAGUUUUAUCUGGGAACAGCCUAGUGAGCCUCCCUCUGAAGCAGGGUGAAAUAAUAAUAUUUCAACAGUGCUCAAUGUUCAUUCAGUUUGCCACAACAUUUGGUUUGAAAAUGCAAGUACAGAUAUCUCCAAUCAUGCAGCUCUAUAUAUCACUACCUACAGAUGCACAAGGAACGACAACAGGGUUAUGUGGGAACUUUAACGGCAAUGCAGAUGAUGAUUUCACCUCUUCACAACAGAUAAUAGAACCAACAAGUGUUGCUUUUGCUCAAUCUUGGGAGAUUGGUGAUUGCACUAAAGAAAGGGAUCCUCCCUCUUGUAUUAGUUCAGAAAAUGAAAAAAUCGCCAAAGAGAAAUGUGAAUCCUUAAGGGCUUUCAUGGGUGUUUUCGUUGAGUGUCAUUCUACAGUUGAUUACACCAAAUAUUAUGAAAUAUGUAAAGAAACUGCAUGUGUGUGUCAAAACAUUGACGAGUGCAUUUGUGCUGCACUGGGGGCAUAUGCCCAUGAAUGUGCUGCACAUGGUAUAAUUGUGGCAGACUGGAAUGGAGAUACUUGCACAAAAUGCCCUGAAACUCAGGUUUUUGGAUACGACAUGAGAGCCUGUAACCGUACCUGCAGAUCAUUGUCAGACGACGAUUAUACCUGUGAAGUUGAAGAUGUUCCAGUUUAUGGCUGUGGCUGCCCUCAAGGAAAGUACAUGAAUGAAAAUCAAAAGUGUGUUGAAAGUAAAGACUGCGCAUGCUACAAGAAAGGCAUAUUCUUUAAACCUGGAUACAGCAAUAAAAACUGCUAUUGCGAAGAUGGCAAAAUGAUUUGUGUUGAACCAUCCACCACAACCAAAAANCCUAGCUGUCCUGGGAAGAGAUAUAUUGACUGCGAUUCUUCCUCAAGCAAGAACAUUUGUAACAGGAAAUGUGGCAAAAUACAUCUUCCAUGUCCAAGUAAAUGUGUACCUGGCUGUGCCUGUCCUGAAGGUCUUGUGGAAAAUGACAAAGGAGAAUGCGUUCAACUUAAAACCUGCACUUGUUCUUGGGGGGGGGAAAUUUAUUCUGCUGGAAGCACAAUCAAUCAGGACUGCAAUAAAUGUACAUGUGAGAAUGGAGAAUGGAAAUGCUCUAAGAAGCUGUGUCCGAAGACCUGUGAAGUUUAUGGUGAAGGGCAUUACAAAACAUUUGAUGGAAAAAGAUAUGCAUUUGAUGGCAACUGUCGAUAUAUUUAUGUUGAGGACCAGUGCAAAGGAGAACUUGGUUCAUUCCAGAUAAUAACAGAGAGCCUCCCUUGCUGUGAAAAAGGAGUGAUUUGUUCACGAAGUGUCAGAAUUUUAAUCAAGGACAAAGAAGUGAUUCUGAAAGAAGAUGAGCAUAUCAACUGCACUGAUGAUUUCUGUUCAGUUUACACCGUUGGACUCUAUUUAGUCCUUACAUUUUCCGAUGGAAUCACUGUAACAUGGGAUAAACGCACAAGGCUUUCAGUCACGUUGGAUCCCCGUUGGAAAGACAAAGUUUGUGGUCUGUGUGGGAAUUUUAAUCUUAAUACUGAAGAUGAUCUAACCACAAAAGGGAAUUACUUAGUGGCUGAUGUUGUUGAGUUUGGAAACAGCUGGAAGGCUGAUUCCAUGUGUUCUGAUGUGAGUGAACAAAAAUUCCCUUGUGAAAGAAAUCCGUAUUGUGAGGCAUGGGCACAUAGAAAAUGUGGCAUAAUUAAAGAAAGUACAUUUCAACACUGCCAUAAAAAGGUCGAUAAUAAGCCAUAUUAUGACGCUUGCAUCCAAGAAGCUUGUGCUUGUGACAUGGAGGGAAAAUACCUUGGUUUCUGUACCUCUGUAGCAGUAUAUGCUGAAGCCUGUAAUAAAGCUGGUGUUUGCAUUGACUGGAGAACCCCAGAUCUGUGCCCUGUAUUCUGUGACUAUUAUAACAAGGAAGGUGAAUGCACGUGGCACUACAAAGCAUGUGGAACUGAAAUAAAAACAUGUUUUCAUAAUACUAUCACCAAGACAUAUUCUAAAGUGCUUGAAGGUUGUUAUCCAAAGUGUCCGGUUAGUGCACCGUACCUGCAUGAAUCUCACAUGAAAUGUGUUCAGUUGUCUGAUUGUAACUGCAUCUUUCAUGGAAAAGUAAUAGAACCACAUCAAGUUGAUGGCAACUGUGCUUGUAUUAAUGGACGCAUUACAUGUGAAACUACAACCCCAACAACUAUUACCUCAAGCACUUCUACAACAGAAUCCACAACCACAGCAACUACUACAACAGAAGGUACAAGCCCAACAACUACAACCACAACAACUUCUACAACAGAACCUACAACCACCAGCACUAUUCCCUCAACAACUUCUACAACAGAAUCCACAACCACAGCAACUACGACCACAGCAACCUCUACAACAGAAGGUACAAGCCCAACAACUACAACCACAACAACUUCUACAACAGAACCGACAACCACCAGCACUAUUCCCUCAACAACUUCUACAACAGAAUCCACAACCACAGCAACUACGACCACAGCAACCUCUACAACAGAAGGUACAAGCCCAACAACUACAACCACAACAACUUCUACAACAGGUGACAAAUUCAUUUUAUGUCAUAUAUUUUCAAAUAGUAAUAUUAAAUUGAAUCUAUUAAAAGAAUUGAGGGAAGAGAUAGCAGAGGCACUAUUACAUAUAUAUAAUAACUCAUUAGAAAAGCGAGCAGUGCCGAAGGACUGGAGAACCGACAACCACAACCACUAUCUCCCCAACAACUUCUACAACAGGUACACAUGGAAAUCCCAGCAAAAGAUUGUUCGAAUGGAAUGCCUGGAGGGACGCAUCCUGCUUAUGUCAUUCUGCAAAUAA